AUGAAUAAUCUACUUGAUGACUAUUGCUAUAGUGAUCCUGAUAAAGAUUAUGAAAUUCUCGAUGAUAGUGAUGAUAAUUAUAAUUAUGAGGAGCUAUCUGACUUAUCUACAACAUUUACAAGUACCGCAAGUAAUACAAUCAAUAAUUCUUCUGAAGAUCCAAUUUACGAGUUUAAAUUUGACAAAUUUGCUUUAAAUCAUGCUAAGAAAUUUGUACAAAAUAUUGAAACGGAAGAAAAUCAAAUAGAUUGGCUAGCAUCUGACAUCGAUACCGAUACUAUUAGCGAAAAUGAUUCCAUUUGGAUAUAA